AUUCCAUAGGUCAUAAAUUCCUCCAGAUUGUCCAAUGAGGUUUCAGAGGGACGUGCUGUGAUAUCAGAAGAAAUUGGGACUUUGCCUCAGGACCAUGCCGGCCCCUGACACUCUGCGGCCAACAAACUCAGAGGUGACUUCCACUGUGGCAACACAUAGUUUAAUGCUCGGCAGAACUGAUGGGCUUCUGUGACACUUGACCUAACUUCUACUCUGAAAGCGACUGAAAGGUAGCUGUGGUCAUAAUGGGCACGGAAAGGGAUGAGCAGAUCGUCAUUGAUACCUACAACACUACAAUCCAUACACUGGGCAUGCAAAAUGAGGACAAGCAGCUGCGCUUUAUGCAGAAGGAUGGAAGGUUCCCGGUGGUUUUCCAGAAGGCCCCCGGACACUGGAGCCCGUUCCUGGUGGACAUUUUCACCACUCUUGUGGAGAUCCGCUGGAGGGUGAUGUUCCUCAUCUUUUCCCUCUCUUACAUUCUCUCUUGGAUGUUUUUCGGUCUCUGCUAUUGGCUCAUAGCGUAUGUACACGGGGACACUGACGAUGUAGAUAGCGCACCCUGCGUGGAGAACGUGCGUGGCUUCACUGCGGCCUUUCUGUUCUCAAUGGAGACCCAGGCGACUAUUGGCUAUGGCUUCAGGGGCAUGACCGAGAACUGUAUUGUGGCAAUAAUUGUGGUGACAGUUCAAGAUGUAUUUAGCUGCCUCAUUGACACCAUCGUCAUCGGUAUUGUUAUUGCCAAAAUGGCUUCAGCUCGUAAGAGAGCUCAGACGGUUGGUUUCAGUAGCUGUGCAGUGGUCAACCUACGAGAUGGGGUUCUGUGUCUGUCGUGGCGAGUUGGGGACUUCAGGGGUAAUCACAUCUUGGAGGGUGUUACCAGAGCCAUGGUAGUCCGCCAUGUGAAACAGCCAGCUGGGACUGUUGUGAUGUCAUACGAGGAACUGCACAUCCAGAAUCGAGACAUUGUCCUUGCCACACCGACCACCAUCAUCCAUAAACUGGAGCCCGGCAGUCCUCUCUACAGCCUGGGCCCUGACAACCUGCUGGGGGACGACUUUGAACUGGUGGUGUCUUUCACCUACACCGGUGACUCGACGGGUAUGCUCCACCAGACACGAACCUCCUACACACCAGCAGACAUCCGCUGGGGACAACGCUUCCAGGACAUGUUGAAACUGGGCAAGAGGCACUACAAGGUGGAUUACGCUUUGUUCAAUGUGACCACCUGGGUGCCUGUGCCACUGCUCAGUGCGGAGGAGUUUGACAGGAGGGAACGUCCAACAGAGGGGGGUGAGACCAGUGGUCCUCUCAUUGCAUCAACCAUGAGCAACGGACAUGCUUGCAAUGUCAAUCCUGACAUCAUUGAAGAGGUGAUGCAGCAGACCUGUUUGUAAAGCGGGCAUGUGAUGGACAAUGUGAUAAGAUGUGCUCUUGUAAAUAUAUUUAUGUGUAACUUUAGUGUUUACAGCCUGUUUUUUUGUGUUAGAUGAAUUUUAUUUCUAUUUCUGGGCUGGAGCCUAUCCCAGGUGACACUAGGCAAGAGGCAGGGUACACCCUGGACAGGUCACCAGACUAUCACAGGUCUGACACAUAGAGACAGACAACCAUUCACACCUUUGGGAAAGUUAAAGUCACAAGUUAACCUGCAUGCCUUUGGACUGUGGGAGGAAGCCGGAGUACCCCAAGAAAACCCACACUGACACAGGGAGAACAUGCAAACUCCGCACGGAAUAGCUCCCCCAUCCCAGGUUCGAGCCAGGGCCCCUCUUGCUGUGUGGCGACAAUGCUAACCACUACACCACCAUGCUGUUGUGUAAGAUGAAUAAAAUCCAUAAAUGUAAGUCAAACAAAAGCUGUUUUUGUAAAACUCUAAAACGUGUUUGCUUUUAUAAUCGUACUUCUAAGUAUUUUAUUAUUUGUAUUUUGCUGGACAGAAAAAAAUAAGACGUCAUUUGUAAAAAAAAGUCCUUCAAAUCUUGUACUCUUACACUCGAAAUACUUAAAAUAUAUUAAUAUGUCAUUUUAUUCUCAAAUAAGACCACUUUUGUAUCCCCAUGUACAACAAUUACCCUAUAGCCCACAGUCUUUGGCUUUAUGCAAGUGAAUCCCAUCACAGCAAUAUGCUCACUGUGAACUACCCUAUUAUAUUUGUGUUCCCUGGACUGCAGGGUUGGAGGGUACACAAAGGAGAGUACUUUAUUUUUAGGUUGUUGUUGUUGGUAUCGGUGAGAGGGGGGCUCUCUCAUUUCUUCUCUACUAUUAUGUACUGUAUCAUACUCUGCUGUAAUGGUCGUUUAGUGUUUUGUGCACCAGUAAGUUGCUUGUAAAGUUGAUCUUAGAAAUGUCCUCACUCCACUGCUCUUAUAUUUAUCGCUCUUGAAAAAGGCUCAGUCUUGUUGUCAUCUAAAGGACAUCGUACGUCACUUUGUCCACUUUACUUUGUGUUUCAGUUGGCUGUUUACUCAGUCAGUAAAGGGUGGCUUUGACUGACAGAAACCACCCAGCAUGCACUCCCGAAUUCACAGGCUUACACUCCCAAUAUAUCCUGAUUGGCCACCUCAAAUCGAUGAUGUGGGAAAAUGUCAGAGCUCAUCAAUGCAGGGUGGUAAAGGUGCCAUAUAGCCUACGACAUUCAGAGUCUGGGCUGGAAUCGUCUUUGGCUAACACUGCUCACA